GGUUUCAUCAAUGUUUUUAAUAAAGUUUUAGUUAACAUAUAAAUGUUUGACAGUUUUUUUUAUUAGAUAAAUGCCAAUAAAAUAUAUUGGACGUACACACGACUUUAGAGGUAAAACUUUGUGGGAAAUAGUCGGAAAUCUAAAGUAUUUCGGAGUCGGCAGAAUUUUCAACCGAAAUAAAUUUGUUAAACGAUAUUCUGAGCCUACUUAUCACAAAAUUUUGAAGGUCGAAGCCUUACCUGCUCCAAGAAAUGUAGCAAAUCCAUUUGACGUGAGUAAAAAAAAAGAAUUUUUAUUUUUGAUAGAGCCUCGGCUAAGUGUUAAAUAUAAUCUAACGAACAAUCUUGGAUUAUCGAGGAUUGCCGAAGAAGGAGAAGUUCCUGAUUUUGAAAUAAAAAUGGGUCUCGGAACCCCGGCUAGUCCUCGUCUGUACACAAAUAUUUGA